UCUUUUUUUUUUUUUUUUUUUUUGUUGAUAUCAUGUAAACUUUAUAUCAAUCUGUUUCCAUCAUGUUUUCCUCUGUUUCUCCCCUGCAUUUGUCUAGUUGCCGCUGCUCCUGUGCAAUCCCCUGUUUUUGCUCCUGUUGUGUUUUCUCGCAACUGCGACACAGCGCACACGCCCUGAGCCCGCGAUGCCCCAGCCCACACCGUUGCCGAAUUGCGCCACCUUUAACCGUUUAUCAUCUACGCCAGAGGCGUUCUAUAUCCCUGCACAUCACCACCACCUUUAGCGACGCCAUCAAAGGUCUCAAAAGUUAAGUUACGCGUUACUGCUCGUUUUUAUACGCCAAGGGUCCGACAAAGACGCCGCCAUUCGGUUCACCAGCGAUCGCAGGUCAGCAUGGCCCACAACAGUAAGCGAGGGCGGGCAGUGCAGUGCUUGAUACAGAACCACAAAUUGUUGUGCUCCAUCAGCACAUGGACGAUAUCAUCGACGCAGAUUAGUCGGCAAUUCUUCCCGUUGUCAAAAGGCAAGGCAAGAGAUAAAAGACGAAACAUGCAAGCAAUUGCACUCGAAUUCGGGUCAAUGUUUUUGAUCUCGUACGCAUAGAAAUCGAUUGCCAAAGAUUCUUCACGCGAAUACGGUUGAAGAGGAUAUAAGUAAUGGUAAAAAGUCAAUUCCAAAGUCUACAAUAAUCAUCUUGACAGCCAAGUGACCCGUUUCGUUUGAUCCCUUCCACGCGACCUGCCAUCCCAUCCCCAUCUCAUCCCGCAAAUCUGCACACCAAAAUCCAGCAUGUCCAAACAACAGUAUCAAAGUCUCUCAUCAGAGACUCACGUUGCACGCCGCAGCGACAUGACGUUCGAGAAAGUCCUACACAAGGGAAGUUCGGCCAACACGGGCGGAAUCGGCUCGAUGCUUGGUAAGGACCGUGAGGCGUCCAAGGCGGCUAUCAACGAAUAUUUCCAGCAUUGGGACGGCAAGACGGCCAAGAAUGAGACCAGCGAGGUGCGAGAGGCGAGAAAGGCCGAUUAUGCAACCUUGACAAGACAAUACUAUAACCUCGCAACCGACUUUUAUGAGUACGGAUGGUGCCAGUCGUUUCACUUUUGCCGCUUCGCCCACGGUGAGACCUUUGCUUCGGCCAUAGCAAGACACGAGCAUACCCUCGCGCACCGUAUCGGCAUCAAAAAGGACAUGAAGGUUUUGGACGUAGGGUGCGGCGUUGGGGGUCCCGCACGACAAAUGGCAAAAUUCACAGGGGCCAACAUUACAGGCAUUACGAUCAACGAAUACCAAGUCGAGCGUGCCACACGGUAUGCUGAGCUUGAGGGACUGAGCCGGCAGCUGCAGUUUGUCCAGGGAGACUUUAUGUCGUUGCCCUUUGAGGAGGAGACUUUUGACGCCGUGUACGCCAUCGAGGCGACUGUGCACGCCCCGGUGCUGGAGGACGUCUACAGGCAGGUUUACAAUGUCCUGAAGCCUGGUGGCGUCUUUGGUCUGUAUGAAUGGGUUAUGACGGACGCAUAUGACGACAACAACCUCCGGCACAGAGAUAUUCGGUUGGGUAUCGAGCAAGGCGACGGUAUUGCUAACAUGCAGACAGCCAAGACCGCCGUCGAGGCCAUCAAGGCAGCUGGUUUCGAGCUUCUCGAAGUUGAAGAUUUGUCUCAAAGCACCGACGGUGGGAAUUCGACUCGCGCGCCCUGGUACUGGCCGUUGGAUGGGAGCAGCUGGCGAUGUGCCAACACCAUUGGAGACGUGCUGGGAACAUUUCGAAUGACACCUGCGGGACGCACAGUAGCGCACGCUAUGCUGACCGUUAUGGAGGCGGUCGGCCUGGCACCGCCAGGAACCAAAAAAACUGCUGACAGUCUGGCCAGGGCGGCGGAUGCGCUGGUUGCUGGAGGAAAGGAGGGAUUGUUUACGCCCAUGUUUUUGAUGGUUGCAAGGAAGCCGUUUGCGGAAGAGUAAAAAGUAAAAUAAAAAGAAAAAAAGAGGUUAGCAGACAGGCGAAAGGGGUCAUGAGAACAAUAGUUAAUAAAGACAGCUUUAAUGGAAUAGGAAAUAAUUUCGCAGUGGG